GUGCAUCAUCAAACCCACUUUCCAGUUACAUAAUCCACAGUGGAACCAUCUCCACGCUUGCUGCAUACGUGACUUGUGUCUGGCUGCCAUUUGCACAGUUGCGUCGACCUGCUUUUGUUGGCCAGUUCAUGAGCGGGAUCAAAAGCGUAUGACCCAGCUUCAGCACCACGGACAGCUCCGCGCAUCCCCAGCCGUCCGGCGCCGCUCGUGUCCCGGGGAAUCACGACCGGACGUUCGGCCGGCCCUCCGAGCUCAUGACAGAGUGCACUUUGGGGAGAUUAUUCCUCUUCUCUCUCUCGGAAGUGACGGAUGUGCCAGCGUUGAGGAGCUCCUGCCAUGAUCUCACGAUACAAAGCGAGUUCCAGUUCCACCAUGUCCUUGGCGUUCUGUGGGAGCGAGAAUAACUCAGCCGCCUACAACGUGGACGGGGGCGUCCUGAACAAUGGCUGCUUCCUGGACGCACUCAACGUGGGGCCGCACGUCUUCCUCCUCUUCAUCACCUUCCCCAUCCUCUUCAUCGGCUGGGGCAGUCAGAGUUCCAAGGUGCACAUCCACCACAGCACCUGGCUACACUUCCCUGGUCACAACCUGCGAUGGCUGCUCACCUUCGUGCUGCUCUUCGUCCUCGUCUGUGAGAUUGCAGAGGGCGUCGUAUCCGACGGGUUCAGGUUCAGCCAGUCCAACCAUCUUCACCUGUACAUGCCUGCAGGCCUGGCCUUCAUGGCGGGCAUCACCUCGAUUGUCUACUAUCAUAACAUUGAGACCUCCAACUUCCCCAAACUACUCCUAGUGCUCCUCAUCUACUGGGUUCUGACCUUCAUCAUGAAGACCAUCAAGUUUGCCAAAUACACUCAGCACGGCAUCGGCCCCAGACAGCUGCGCUAUUGCAUCACAGGCCUACUGGUGCUGCUCUAUGGUCUCCUGUUGGCUGUGGAGAUCAAUGUGAUCUUGGGCAGACGAUACAUGUGUUUCACCAACCCGACAGAAGUAAAGCCCCCCGAGGACCUUCAGGACCUGGGAGUUCGUUUCCUGCAGCCCUUUGUCAACCUGUUGUCCAAAGCCACAUACUGGUGGAUGAACACCUUCAUAACAGCCGCUCACAGACGACCUAUUGACCUCAAAGUCAUCGGCAAGCUCCCCAUUGCAAUGAGGGCCCUCACUAACUACAUGAAGCUGCGCAACGCCUUCGAAGACCAGAAGAGACCUCAAGGCACGGCGCUGCAGGGCCCCAAGUGCAUCUGGCAAGCCUUGAGAAAAGCGUUCGGCCGACCUCUCAUUCUCAGCAUUACAUUCCGCUUCCUGGCCGACCUGCUGGGUUUUGCUGGUCCACUCUGCAUCUCCGGCAUCGUCCACCACAUCAGCAAGGACAACAGGACCAUCCAGCAACCGGUGAGAGCAUCAUCAACAACCUUAAUGAAGUUGUUGGGCAUCUACUUCAUUUCCUCCAAGGAGUUUCUGGAGAAUGCGUAUGUGCUGGCCGUGUUGCUCUUCUUCGCACUGCUCCUGCAGAGAACCUUCCUCCAGGCCUCCUAUUAUGUGGCGAUUGAGACGGGCAUCAAGCUACGUGGCGCCAUUCAGACCAAAAUCUACAACAAGAUCAUGCGUUUGUGCACGUCCAACAUAUCCAUGGGCGAGCUAACUGUGGCUCAGAUUUGCAACCUGGUUGCCAUAGAUACCAACCAGCUUAUGUGGUUCUUCUUCCUCUGUCCGAACCUGUGGGCGAUGCCAGUCCAGAUUGUAGUGGGAGUGAUCCUGCUUUAUUACCUCUUGGGAAUCAGUGCCUUGAUUGGAGCGACUGUCAUUGCUGUGUUAGCACCUGUCCAGUAUUUUGUGGCCACAAAGCUGUCACAGACACAAAAGAGCACUCUGGAAUACUCCAGUGAGCGCCUCAAAAAGACCAAUGAACUUCUACGGGGCAUCAAACUGCUGAAGUUGUAUGCGUGGGAACGUAUUUUCUGUGACAGUGUGGAGGAGACCAGAAGCAAGGAGUUGACCAGUUUGCAAGCAUUUGCUUUUUACACAUCCAUAUCUAUAUUCAUGAAUGCAGCCAUUCCCAUUGCAGCUGUGUUGACAACGUUUGUUGUUCAUGUGCACAUCUCCGAGGACGCUGACCUGUCUCCAGCUGUGGCCUUUGCCUCCCUCUCCCUCUUCCAUAUCCUGGUCACGCCUCUCUUCUUGCUCUCCAGCGUGGUGCGCUCGACUGUCAAAGCUCUUGUCAGUGUUCAAAAGCUGAGCGAGUUUUUCUCAAGCGAUGAGAUUGGCGAUGAGUUGGAAACCAGACCAACGCUGACCUUGGGCUCCAACAAUCAUAACCAAAAUAGGUACCAGGCUGUGCCCCUGAAGGUUGUGAACAGGAAGCGCCCUCCAAGGGACGACUGGAACAACUACGCCUCGUCGCAGGGGGAUAACGAGGGCGAUGGACCCUCCCUGGUUGUGGACCAAGACAUCUGUAUCAAGAUAUGCAGUGGGUUCUUCACCUGGACUGACGGACCACCGACACUCGUCAAUGUGGACAUCAUGAUUCCUUUUGGUAAGCUGACCAUGAUAGUGGGCCAAGUGGGCUGUGGUAAAUCCUCCUUGCUGCUGGCAGCGCUGGGCGAGAUGCAAAGAGUAUCAGGAACAGUCACCUGGAACAGCCUACCCAACCCAGAGUCGGAAGGUGACGAAAGUCCCACAGACAGAGAUGCUGCCAGCGACGGGGAUAUCAAGAAGAGAUGUGCUGUGGCCUACGCUUCCCAGAAGCCCUGGCUGCUGAACGCAACCGUGGUAGAGAACAUUACGUUUGAGAUGCCAAUGAUCAAAACCAGAUACAAAGCCGUCAUUGAAGCCUGCUCUCUUCAGCCUGACAUCGACAUCCUGCCACAGGGGGACCAGACAGAGAUUGGAGAGAGGGGUAUCAUCCUCUCGGGUGGGCAGAAGCAGCGCAUCAGUGUGGCCAGAGCCUUGUAUCAGCAGACAAAUGUGGUCUUUCUGGACGACCCAUUCUCUGCUCUAGAUAUUCACUUGAGUGACCAUCUGAUGCAAGAUGGGAUCCUCAGGCUCCUGAGAGAGGAGAAGAGGACAGUGGUGCUGGUCACGCACAAACUUCAGUACUUACCACAAGCAGACUGGAUUAUUGCCAUGAAAGACGGCACCAUCCAGACCGAAGGGACUCUGAAGGACAUCCAAAACUGUGAACCCAAGCUCUUUGAGCAGUGGAAAACGCUGAUGCACAGACAGGACCAAGAGUUUGAGACGGAGACCGUAGCAGCCAGUAUGACAGAUAUGGAAAGGAAAAAUCUGCGGAGAGCUAUGUACUCCAGAGAGGCUGCUAAGACUGAGGAUGAUGAGGAAGGUGACACCCCCUGGACUUUCACCAUGGCUCCAGCACCAGGUUUUACUCUCAUGUUCGAUGAAACAGAAGAAUCCCUGGAGAGUGACGAUGACGACAGCUUGUCGCAGGUAAUGCGUCAACGAGCCACCAUUCCCUGGCGCUCCUGCGGCACCUACCUGUCCUCGGCCGGCGUCCUCCUUCUCACGCUGCUCCUCCUGUCACAGCUCCUAAAACAUUCCUUAAUGGUGUCCAUUGACUACUGGCUGGCACAUUGGACGUCACACGUCAUCACGGCCAAGUCAGACGCCACAGCACGCAACUGUACGCUUGUUCAGGACUGUGGCUUCAGCCACUCGUGGUAUUUGUUGGUGUUCAGCAUGUUGUGCUGCCUGGGCAUCAUCCUGUGUUUGGCCACUUCUGUUGCUGUGGAGUGGACCGGCCUCAAAGUGGCCAAGAAGCUCCAUCAGAACCUCCUCAACAAGAUCAUCCUGGCCCCCAUGAGGUUGUUUGAGACCACUCCACUUGGCAGCAUCCUCAACCGCUUUUCCACCGACACGAACACAAUAGACCAACACAUCCCGACCACGCUGGAGUGUCUCAGUCGCUCUACCCUGCUGUGUGUGUCCGCCCUGGGGGUCAUCUCCUACGUGACCCCCGUCUUCCUCAUCGCCCUCCUGCCUCUGGCGGUCACCUGCUACUUCAUCCAGAAAUAUUUCAGAGUGGCUUCCAGGGACCUGCAACAGUUGGAGGAUGGCACCCAACUGCCUUUGCUCUCCCACUUCUCCGAGACCGUGGAAGGGCUCCCCACGAUCAGGGCCCUAAGGUACGAGCCCAGGUUCAGACAGAGGUUACUUCAGUUCACAGACGCCAACAACAUUGCAUCACUCUUCCUCACUGCAGCCAAUCGGUGGCUGGAAGUGCGCAUGGAAUAUAUUGGCGCCUGUGUAGUGUUGGUUGCCGCCGUGGCUUCCAUCACAAACUCAUUGUACAACCAACUGCCUCCUGGCCUGGUGGGGCUGGGUCUCACCUACGCGCUCAUGGUGUCCAACUACAUGAACUGGAUGGUGCGUAACCUGGCAGACAUGGAAGUGCAGCUGGGGUCGGUCAAGAGGAUCAAUGGCCUCCUCAAAACGGCACCCGAGAACUACGAGGGUCUGCUCACUACGUCUCAGGUCCCCGAGGGCUGGCCCCGACAUGGAGAGAUCCAGAUCCAGAAUCUAAGUGUCCGUUACGACGCCACGCUGAAGCCUGUGCUCAAAAACGUCCAGGCGCACAUCAACCCUGGACAGAAGGUGGGGAUCUGUGGCAGGACGGGCAGCGGCAAAUCUUCUUUCUCUUUGGCCUUCUUCCGCAUGGUGGACAUGUUUGAAGGGAAGAUAGUGAUCGACGACAUCGACAUUGCUAAGCUGCCCUUGCACACUCUGAGGUCUCGUCUGUCCAUCAUUCUGCAAGACCCCAUCCUCUUCAGCGGCACCAUAAGGUUCAACCUGGACCCAGAAAUGAAGGCCACAGAUGAGAUGCUUUGGGAGGCUUUGGAAAUUGCUCAGCUGAAGCCUGUUGUUAAAUCGCUGCCAGGGGGGCUGGACGCCAACGUGACGGAGGGCGGAGAGAACUUCAGCCAGGGUCAGCGUCAGCUCUUCUGUCUGGCCAGGGCCUUCGUGAGGAAGAGCAGCAUCCUCAUCAUGGACGAGGCCACGGCCUCCAUCGACAUGGCGACGGAGAGCAUCCUGCAGAAAGUCGUGAUGACUUCCUUCGCAGACCGAACCGUCGUUACAAUAGCACAUCGCGUCCACACCAUCCUGAAUGCCGACCUGGUGAUUGUGAUGAAGCGGGGCAUCAUCCUGGAACACGACCAGCCUCAGGCCCUGCUGGACAAGGACAGCGUCUUUGCCUCCUUCGUGAGAGCAGACAAGUAGCACAGAGAAGGAGGCUGAAGGAAGACAUUCAAAGUGCAAUUGGGAUAUUUCACCUUGAUUUGUUUUUUUUAUUAUUCAUAGUGUAUUAUAAUUGUAUAUAGCAUACUCAAGCGUUUGUUAAUAAAGUAUAUAUUAUCUCUU